AUGGAAAGUGCUAUUAGUGACUCCACAAUUGAGAAUCUUCCAUUUGAAACCAUCAUUGAGAACAUCCAUCUGGCAACCGAGGAUGUACUUAAAGGCGAGGACUAUUUAUCCUACAGUACUCUUUGGGAUAUUUAUUUAAGUGACGUAGAUAGAUAUUCAUACGAUGAACGAGAGGAGUUGUUGGGACUUUUACACCAAGUCUUGAAGGACAAUCCUGUGCUAGCAUUUGAAAUUGGUUGGGACAUACCGGCUUUACUUAUGCCAUACUUUGAAACUAAUUUCCAGUUCGAUUCCGGGAUAAGAAAUAGUCCGGGUUUGUAUAAGUUGUUAAAAAUAUUUGAAGUGCUUGCCUUAGAGGGAAAUCCUAAGGAAUUGAUUCUUAAAUCUUGUGAACUUUUAAGUAGCUUAUCCGUUGAUGAUAUUGUCGAAAACGUACAGUUUAAAGAGAGAUUCUUCAAUUUGAAGCUAUACUCACUCUGUGAGUUAUUGGAUAGUUGUUUGAAGAAAGUGGAUACUUAUUACCCCUCAAGAUUUCUUCUGAUGGCUGUUACGUCUUUCAUCAAUAUGAUCUAUUCCAAUGUGGAUGCCAACUUCACUGAGUUACCAUUUAUUUUCAGAAGAAUCUAUUCCUUUGUUAGGAAUUAUGAAGGUCCCCAGUAUCCAUCAUCCUCAACAGAAUAUACUGCGGAAGAACUAGCAAAGAUAAAACAAGAUGAAGAAUUUUUACAGAGAAAGUUGUUGACUUCCUUUUUAACUAAUGCUGUUGAUUUGUCUUUCCGUGAUAGAAUGGAAGGAUAUACCCUUGAUUUUUUCUCUUUCUUGCAAGAGCUGAAACAAGAACAAUUAAAGAAGAUAUUGAUUUACCGGUUGGAGUCUCCACCUUUCGAAAGGUUAUCUGAGUUGGCAAUUUCCAUGGAUAUUUGGUUGAAGAAAACUUUUGAUACAUACAUUGAGGAUUCCCAUAAAUUAUUCAAACAAUUUGAUUACACACUGACGGCUGGUGAUGAUGAUGACGACUUGAUGGGAGAAAUCUUUGAAAAAGUGGUCAUUGAUUAUCAAAAGAACUUGGCUACUUCAAUUACUACUUCGGAUGCUCAAAAGAUUACAAACUCAACUAUAGGAAUACUUGAAUUGUAUUCUUACAAAGUUGUUUCCGAUCGUGACUAUAAUAAUGUUUCUGUUUCGUUAUAUGAUGCUAUUGUGUUCACUAUUCGAUUACAAAUUCCAACCAUGAUUCACAAAACCUUCCUUAAUAGAGGUACUCAAGAUAUGUGUGCCUUUUGGUCUUGGUUGGCAAUUAAUCAAUAUAGUGAUUCUUGCAGAAAACUUGCAAUUGAAUUGAGCAAGAUUCCUAAACAAUUGCUCACAAUUUAUUAUCAAUCGUUGUUGUUUAUCUAUUUGACUGAAUAUUCCAUUGAACCAAAGUUUGGCUUUGCUACCUUGACUUUAUUGCUGAAGGUAUUAUCUGAAUCACCAGAGGAAAUAGCCUAUGAUUUUAUUAAGGAUUCAUUGGUGAAUUGCCCACAUCAGAGUUUAAAGACAGCACUUGUUGGAAUAUUGAAGCAUUUAUUGACAAGGAAUAAAACCGAAGCUUUAAUGGAUAGUAUAACCUCACAGCUAGAGAAAACGGAGAUCUCCGGGAAGAAGGACAAUGAAAAAGUUGAACCCAAAGCACAAGAUUCUCAACCCAAAUCUGAAGAUGAUGAAUCCAAAUCAGAAAACAAUGAACCAAAACCUCCUGCCCUUCCUGCAAGAAAUGUCACUGCCAAUGCCAAGUUUAUGCUGUUGAAUGACUCUCGUACAAAUGAUAUAAUAAGUCUUGUACAGAGCAGUGUGGACGAAACGUUCGCUAAUAAUGAUUUAGAUCUGCUGAAAUUACCCACCCUUUCUGCUUACUUGAACCUCAUUAUAGUUAUCAAGAGUCAUCCAAAUUUCACCUCACAUCAAGAACAACUUGCUAAGAUUUUGACAUCAAUCGAGAUGCAGAUUUCUAGUAUUAAAAAGAAGGAUUCCUUGGACCCUUCCUUGACCAACUUUCUAGAUGUCUUAUUGCUUACUAUUGAAAGGAUCCGUGAAGUUUAG